CAAGUACAUGUAUGUUGUAUUGAACACGAGUCAUUACUAAUUACAGUGUAAGUUAUACAUAUGUGUGUUUGUGUGUACGUAUAGUUAUAGACACUUAUUGAAUCACGGGUUAUGAGUCGGUAAGAAUUAGUGGCAGUAUUUCGGUAAGAGGUAAUCACAUUGCAUUAUGUGUAUGAGGUAGCCUAACAAAGGUGUUCUGAGUCGGGUUCGAAGGAAACUGGAACUUCGAUAUAAAAAAUGACAGGAUGGGCCUGUCGUUAGACGAUAACGAUGUCGUGAUAUUAAAACAAGGCUGGAUAUAUCGACAAAAAACCUUCUUUCGGAAAUGGAAGAAGAGUUGGCUAGUGAUAUCGUUGGGUGGAAGCCUAAAAUAUUACAAAGGAAAAAAAUCGGACCGUCCACAGAAAACAUUUAACAUAAAAAACGACUGCAUGACAAUUCGCACAGGAAAAAAGUGUCGACAUCUCUUACCACCUAAUAACGUAGACACGGAGUUUCUCAUAGAAAUCAUCCUCACAGGCGAACGUUCUUUGAAAUUCUGCGCACAUGACCAAGACAGUUUCAAGAUGUGGCUUCAUGCUCUGCAGCGUUCCCAGUCCGACCGAGCACUACCGACACCGAGAUAUGAACGACGCAAUCUCCGACCUGAGGAAAUAGAAGAGUUUGAAGAAAAAAGUUGCUGGUAUGCUUGCUUCAGAAAAAACAAAGUGGAGAAUUUAUAACACGGGCGUUAUACAUGCAUUGCCAUGUAUGCAGAAUGCUAUCAAAGGUGUUCAACUUUACAAUUCAAUAAUUGCAUAGCUGUCUCUCAAGAUUCUAGCCUUGUGGUGUGUACACGGCAAAAUAUCGACAAUCAAAAUAACCAUUAGCUAUAGUGUUCAAUUUCAUAAUUUUCAAAUACUCGAAUAUCUCUACAUGAUCUAAGUGCUUGCGUUCAGUUGUCGCCCUUUGCUUACCACAAUUUGUCUGAGAACUUAAAACAUUGUGGAUUUUAAAACAUGCGUACUGAAAAAGUUACAAAUAUUGUUUGUUUGUUAUAUUGAUAAACAAUACUGAUACAUGUCAUUUGUGUCGUUACACUUUAUGUAGGACCUUAUACAUAACGUUCGUCCCAGAAUGUAGGGACUGUGGUAGCUCAGUCGAUUAGAGCGCCGGCUACUGGUGUCAGGGUUAGAUGAAACUCGGGCUACGUAAACCCAGACGUAGAUCCGACGGGCAUGGUUCGAAUCCACCUAUCCGUGCCGGCCUGUCAUGGUUAUGUUCUUGGGCAAGACACUUGACCCCUAAUUGUUCUUGAUGGUAUGCGACGGGUAUAUUGUUCAGUGAGGUAGUCACCAACUACUACUAGGAUAUCUCCCCUCAAACUGACACUGGAUGUUCACGAGGUGAUGAACCCAACAAACAAACAAGCAAUUUAACAAACUUCAAGAACGAAUCUAAGUCAUAGACCAUUAAGCACUCUUGGAGAGAUUUGCCUGUCUAUGAACAUGUAUGAAAAAAUGAAUUCGGGGCUUGCACCAUACUGUUGAGGUUGUCAUUUUAAGUGUAUUUUUUCGCAAUUUUCUUGAAUCUCGGUAAUAGGAUACGUUAAAAAAAGAAUUAAAAGAGAUAAUUAUAACCCGUUUGAUAAUUUCCGCGAAAGAUACUUUUUUUUUCAAGCUUCUGGUAAUUAUAUAAAGAAGCUUCUAAAAUUUGAAUCACUGAAAUAACAACUUUACAGUAUACUGCAAAACAAUAUUCAAAUUAAUGAAUCUGUACCGUUGCGUUUGAUACAAUGUAAUGGGUCUUUUUUUAUCAUUUUUAGCACAACUUUAUUCUUAAUAUUUCAAAAUAUUAACAUAAUUAUAUUUCAGUAUAAAGAUAGCUUUAUAUUUCAUUUAUCGGAAAUAAAUGUUUAAAUGAUACAAUCAACAAUAUUUGCUUGAAUAACACUCGAUAUGCACCAUUACAUUUAAUAUGCACACAACAUGCACUAGAAAUGUUACCUUAAUUUACCGGAAAUUCAAAUUACAAAUUUGAAUAAACGGAACUUUUGUUGGAAGUUUAACUUUAUUAAGUAGAAAUUGAUGUACAGCUGAGAGAGUUCCUUUUAAUUUCAAUGCUGCGUAAAUCUGCAAUCUUCGAAAAAACGGAACAAUCUGUCUGUUUUCUAUAAGGACAUGGCAUGUUAAAUUCUAAUGUAUAUAUACGGGUCACCGAAGUAUCACAUAUCGUUUAUUGACGAUUUUAAGUAUUAUGGUGUUAUGAAGCCGGGGUGUACAUUGUAUGAUGACCCGCACGUGAUGACUUUAAAAGUUGUUUUUCCUGUUUUAAUCUCAGUUAUGUAAAUUUUUAUUUUGAUAUUACAUGGACAAGGUUUUCCGGAAGACAUGUGUUGGUUCCUAAUUCAGUCGAUAUAUAAUUUGGCAGUGAGCCGGGAACCUGUGGCAUUUUUCGUUAUUUUCGUGAACGGAAAGUACCAAUAGCUCCCGAAUGAUCAAUGUUUAGCCUUUAUUUAUGUUUGUCUAAAAUACUCUUAAUACGCUCAUCUGUUGCUCUGUUUUGACUUAGCUGUUUACACAUUAAAUAUGUCUUCUUUGA